AUGCGUUACGCAUACCCGCUUCACCCUGCACGGGCUCCACGGGUGAUGUGGGACUCCUCCUGUGGCCCCAUCCCCGAAGGGACUAGACAAGAAACAGAAGUUUACCCACUAAAACUCAGCGAUGUCCCUCUCAUGGAAGGCGAUGCGCGUGAUCGGCCCGGAGGCCAUACACCGCGCGGUUCGCCCCCAUUUAGGGCCGCCCUGAAAAGGGCAGCCGUGGAGCCGGUGCAUGUAUUGGCUACAACAUGGUCACCACCCCUCUGGAUGAAGACUGACCAGCAAUAUGGUGGAAAGAGCGAGUUGAAAGAGGAGUACUAUCAGACCUACGCAGACUAUCACAUCAAAUUCAUAAAGCAGUAUGCGUCAUAUGGAAUACCGAUCUGGGGUAUUACAACGACGAAUGAACCCAUAAAUGGCAUGAUCGAUUUUGUACAAUUUAAUAGUCUUGGUUGGUCUCCCUUGAAACAGGGUAAAUGGAUAGCAGAAAACUUGGGUCCCUCAAUAAGACGUUCCUCUUUCCCCAAUGUAAAGAUACUCGCUCUUGAUGAUCAGAGGUCUACUUUGCCUUGGUGGUUUAAUGGGUUGCUGAGCUUCGUUCCAGAAGCGUUGCAGUUCAUAGAUGGUGUUGCGCUUCACUUUUACUCAGACAAAUUCAUACCGGCUGACAUACUCUCUUUGGUAUAUGAUAAAUAUCCAGACAAGUUUCUUCUAGCUACGGAAGCUUGCGAAGGGGUAUCUGACAAGGAUGGUCAAUUUGUUUUACUUGGUUCUUGGGAUAGAGCUGUGAGUUACAUAACUGACAUCAUGGAAGAUCUCAACCAUAAUGUGGUGGGAUGGAUAGACUGGAAUCUAUGCCUCAACUCGCAAGGAGGUCCGAACUGGGUGAACAACUUCGUAGACUCCGCCGUCAUAGUGUUCCCGGAAAAAAAGGAGUUUGUGAAGCAGCCGAUGUACUACGCACUUGGACACUUCUCCAAGUUCCUGCCGAGAGGAUCACAAAGGAUUAAAGUGACAGAAAAGUCCUUACCGAGAUCACCCCCAGUACAAAAUGUUGCUUUUUUGACCCCGCAGAAUACUGUGGUCGUUGUUCUAUAUAAUGAGGGUGAAGCAACAAAUGUGUCUAUAAGACUGGGGUGGAAAAAGGCUUUCGUGCCGAUGGAACCUAAAUCAGUGGACAAAUAUUUAUUCGAUAUCGAUAAAAUAGAAAUGGGACUACCUCAGUCCAUCAAGCUGGCAAAUGAGAAGAAUAUAGAAAAGCGGUCAACAAUUGACGGAUAUAUCGAUGAACUUACACAAAAGAACGUAUGUCGUCAUGGAACAUACAACCUCCUUCUUUAUAGAUUUCUGAAGUCACUUAAAAAUGAAAACACACAAAAAAUACAUAAUAAAUGA